UUGCCUUUUGUGAACAGUGAGUGCCCUGAUUCUAUAUUUUCCAUAGGUUCCCGCACAGAUAUGAUCGGAAGUCCCAUGGCUCUGACAUCCCCGGGCUACUUGUACCAGGUGGAGCCUGAAAGUUACGACGGGCUGCUGGAGAGGAUCACUUUCGCCGAGGCGCCCUGCAUGCAAGUGGCUCCGUCUCUCCCCGUCGAGUUGGCUGCUUUACAGACGAGCGCAGAACCCCCACGGCUCCGGCAUCCAGAUGAGAUCUCCAUGCUGUCCUUCGCCGACACCUACCCCGAUGGAUUCGCCAACGACGCUUUCUCGGGCUGGCACUACUUCCCGCAGAUCCCCUUCCAAAGCCCGUUCAGCGCCGUCUACGACUACUCCUACGAGCCCGCCUUCAUCCGCAAGCGCAACGAAAGGGAGCGGCAGAGGGUGAAGUGCGUGAACGAGGGCUACGCCCGGCUGAGGCAGCACCUCCCGCAGGAGCUCUCGGAGAAGCGGCUCAGCAAGGUGGAGACGCUGAGAGCCGCCAUCAGCUACAUCAAGGAGCUGCAGACCGUGCUGGGGGGGCACGGAGACCAUGUGGAGAGGGAGGCGGCCGGAGACGCCCUUCCCCGGGCAACAGGUGGGGUGGAAACAGACGGCGUCGCUGCCCCGGAGAAGCGCUCGGUUUGCAGCAGGGUUAGCGGAAACUCGCAGCCGAGGUAACCCCGGGGCAACUCAGCCGGGAGAAUGGAAGGAGCACGGUGACUCUCAUCCAUUCUACCCCCGCCGUAAAGUUGCGGAUGCAUUGCAAACGCUGGCAGGUAAUGCGAGCUUGGGGAUAAGGGGGUAGUUUCUUGCUGUAACUGACAGUGACAUAUCCCCUUUCAGAAUUUAGAUAUUUAAAUUGUAAUUCACUGACAAUAACCCACCACUUGGCAACAAAUAAAAUAUUUGGCCAGCGCAAAUUAUUAAAAUAAAUCAAAAUUGACAAGUUUAUUCCUUGGAGGCAGGAGACGAGGGGAAUAGAUAGGGAAAUACAGGCAGUCUUUUUUCCCGGCUAGGGGAAUCAAAAACUUUAGGACAUCGUUUUAAAAUGGGAAGGGAUUGUUAAAAUU